AGUUCCACUUGCCAUCCACAUCUGUCAGGACACGAGCAAAACGCAGUCCCUAAUCCACGAGACUGAGGUCCUUUACAAUUGCCCUGCUGCUCACUAACAGCAGAGGGUCCAAAACUUAGAAUGGGACAACAGGCACCAGGAUGGGGCCAAGGAGGUAAAGAAAGCUCGCUCGGAGUUGAGGACACUGUACCAUGGACUUCAAAGGAUUCCGGCCUGAAAACUGCCUGGAUGGACUAGUAAGGCUGCCUUUUGUUCCUACUUCAAAUAUGAUUCUCUGGAAAUUGUGAAUGUUGCGGGUGGGAGAUGUCUACAAGCUGAAAUCAUGGGGUGUACACCUUCCCACAGUGACGUUGUAAACAGGGUGGCUAAGAGUGGCAUCCAGUUUUUUAAAAAGCCCAAAGUAACUCUGCCAGAAGGUCAGGGGGGCAAUGAAAGACACUCCAUCCCUUUGCUGGUUCAAAGCUCCACCUGCUAUGACUCUGGGGGCAACCUGUCCCAGGGACAGAUGCUGGCAGAGGCGCAGCCAGAUCCCAGAUGGACCCAAAGUAUGGCCGAGGGUCAUCAGCUCACAAGAGAUUCCACUGUAGGCAAAAGGAAAGAUCUGGAAGGACUGAUCACAGAAACCCAAACCACCCCAUCCCAGCUGAACAAAUCCCAAAGCCACAUGGCUAAGGACAUUCCAUUCAAGACCCACGGGUCCCAAGGGGCAGCCUCUUUUGGGGAAGGGAGUGAUGAAAGUAACAUCCAAGAGAACUUCAAAUGGGAAAGGGAGCUGAAAUGCCACAGGUCAGGCAAACAGGGCCAUCGCUGCCAAGCCACCCUUCCUGCUCAUGGGCCUGAGCGCAAAGUGGACUUCCCUGAGCCCCUGGUGAAGGCCCACCAGCAUGCUUACACCUACCUGCACUCCUGCCUCUCUAAAUACGAAGCGAUUCUGAGCCUCACCCAUCUGGCCACCCAGACCCAGGAGCUGCUGCAGCCCAUGGUCAGCUGCCUGCUGCUGUGCUCUGAUGAGGUCAACCAGCUCUUGGCGGAGCUCUCCGGGGAUGGAGAAGUGCUCCUCCAGGAAGUUAAGGAGAAUCUGGCUUGGCCAUUGAGGACAGGGGAGCCCCAGGAGCAGCCAGGUCUCCUGCAGCAGCUCCUGCAGUACACAGUCUGCAGGCUGCAGGGGCUCAGUGGCACCAUGGCCUCGCUCACUGGCUGCUUCCUGGAGAGCUCCAGCAGCUACCUCCAGGCCACCGCAAGCCACUUGGGAACUAAGCUGAGCGUGAAGAGGGACGUGGAUGAACGCCUCCGAAGGGCUCUGGGGCAGCUGGAGAGCUUGGCGAGUGUCCACAGUGACCCUGGGGUGCAGGGCCUACCCUUGUGUUCUGAGGACAGUGGCAUUGGUGCCGACAGUGAGUCUGUGCACCUGGUGGACGGGCUGGGCAAGCAAGCCAGCUGGGACUCAGUGUUGGAGCCUGCAGAAUGGAAGCUGGGGAUGCCACCCACAGUGGAAGCCAGGCUGUCGGCACAUACCUGGCAGCAAAGUCCAUUCUGGAGGGGUUCAGACAGACCCCAGAGCUGCCCACUCUCAAGGGCUUCUAUGACAAAGGUUCAGCCAGCGGCCCAGGAUGGAGCAAGGAGCCCAGAUCCCUCCAGCACAGGCCCAGAAAGUGCUACCCCCGGGUCUCUGGAGCUGGGCAAGAGCACCCUGUGUGACUCAUCUUGGACCGGGAUCUCCUCGGAAGCGCAUCUUUUUAAAGGCUCCGGGUUGAUGGAUACUUUAUCCCUCAGUGAAGUGGAGGACAGCAGCACAAAGGAAGAGGAACGUGGUUUCCAUCCAAGGCCGAGGUCUUCACCUGCUGGCCCAGAAAGCCCAUUUCUGCCACACCCCAGGAGGCUUAGGGGCCCCCAGGCCCAGGAAAUGAUUCUGAAGAUGAAGGAAGCGAUCAGCGAAAGGAUCAAGUUUGUCCCUGUGCCCUCCGGGCACCAGGACUGGGCUGAGGAGGAGGAGAGGACAGCGGUGCCAAGACCGAACACAGUCAGUGGCAGUAGGAGUGCCCCCGAGAGGCAGAGGAGGUCCCAGUCAGAGGCAUGUCUUAAGAGUUACAUAGAGAAGCCCACCCUCCAGGAGCUGCAGAGGAUCCAGAGAGACCUCAGCCAGCGGCUGGAGGUGUUCUCUACCCUGGGCGCACGUCGGCACAGGCAGAGCAGGGAGCAGGUUCUGCAGCCCAGAGCAGCGGCUCUGAGGCCUGACGGCCACUGUAGAAUCGUCCCGAGCAGCACCAUCAGCAAGCUGAAGGCAUCGCUCACUAAGAAGUUCAGCAUUUUGCCAAGUCAGGACAAGAGCAUUUUGCAGAAAUGCAGUCCCCAGCCUGAGGGUGAACGGCCCUGGCAGGGGAAAACUGAGGGGCUUCCAACUACCAUCCCAUCAGGGGAGAAUGCCAGUGAGGCUCCUGGGGCCACGGACUGGGACGUCAGGGCCCACCCUACCAGAACAUCAGUCAGGAAACUCAUUGAAACUUUCAGUCCCACUGAAGUACGGGAGAAGUCCAAGGACUUUGGGCCAAAUCCCUGCCACAGGAAGUGGGGGGUCCCCAUCAUGUCCCCCAGAUUUCCCAUUUACAGAGGGCUUGCCCCUUUCUAUCCAAAGCCUCAAAUUUCUCCAGCAGUGGACAGAGGAUCUCUUACAGUAGGCCCAAGCUGGAGGCCCUUAGCUCCUGUCUUCCCCCCUCUGAGGACUGCAGAGGCAUCCAAGAAUGAGGACCUCAACUGCGAAACAGAGGAAGACCCAGAGCACUUCCCUCCACCGCCUCUGGAAAUCCUGAUGGACAAAUCAUUCACUUCUCUGGAACCCCCUGAAAGCAGCAACCUGGUAGGGAGCUCCCCCAAAGGGACCCAUGUGCCAGGGCUGGGAGGGGCUGGCCCUGCCCGGAGAAGGUGGGCUUCCCCAAAGCUAAGAGCCUCCAUAAGCCCCACCGACCUGCUGCCCAACAGGAAUGCUGCCACCUCUACCAGGCCCCACAGCACAGGGCCAGGGGGCAGCAAGAGUAACUGCAAUCCUGGAAAGCUUACCUUGGGCCUCAACCACCUGCCAGCAACCAGCCGAAACCCAGAGGGAGAGGGUGGCAGGGCUCAGAGCCGGGCACAAGCAGACAGGGCCACAAGCCUCUCUAAGCAGCCCCAGAAGGCAAUCCCCUGGCACCACGCCAGCCACACAUCUGGGCAGAAUAGUACCUCAGAACACAGGCUGCCCAGACCAACCCGGGGGUCACGUUCUCCCGAGGCCCCAAAGCAGAGCCAAGAGAGAAGCCCUCCACCGGUCAGGAAGGCCUCUCCCACAAGGGCACACUGGACACCCAGAGCAGACAAGAGGCACCCAAGCCUGUCCUCCUCUCAGAGACCUGCCCGGCCAAGUGGUUCCUCUGUGCACGGGUCCCCCAGCCCAACACUCAGCCCUCUGGCAAGCCCCAGGGCACUAAGCCCCCCGACAGUGAAGAAAGGAGCUUCCCCGCCACCCCAGCACAAGCUGCCCAGCCCUCUCCCAGAGAGCCCACUCAUUCAGCAUGAGGUCUCCAGCACCCCUACCCCAUGCACAGAAGCAAGUUCACCUGCCUUGGGCCCCUCCACAUCUCCCCCAGUAUCCCCACCUCAGGGGCACAAGGAAACAAGAGAUUCUGAAGACAGCCAGGCAGACACCACCAAAGCAUCUGGAAACACAUGUCCCAUAUUCUGCCCAGCCACCUCCUCUCUGUUUGAAACUAAAUCGCCAUGCUCAACAACCCACGCACUCACCCCGUCGCUGGCACCUGAAGCUGGGGGCCUUCGUGGGACCCCUACAAGGUGCUGGAGGAGCAGCUCAGGAGCACGACUGAGGGUGGGCUCACAGCGGGGACUGGGUCUGUGUGCCCUAAACCCUCAGCCCUUCGUCAGAAGGACAGCUUCUGACUGCCAGCCGGGUAUCUGCCUCCGACUGCCUGUGCCGGGUGCCUCCGGCAACACUUGUGAACCCCAGCUUGGCCAGAGCAGCAGCAGCAGUGAGGAGAGCCCCCCAAAGAAGGACACAGAGCCAUGGAGCAGCCCCUGUGCCCCAGAACUGAAGGGCUGCAGCAGGGGUGCGCCUGCCCCAGAGCUCUGUAUACUGGGCCACGGGCUGCAACGGGGGGCCAGCCCCGGCCGCACCCAGGACAAGCCCCAGCAGAAGGAAGUAGCCUGACAGGCUGGCCAACGGAGUCACACUGAUGCCAGUCACCCUGGAAGACAAAGGGUGACAACCAACCAUCAUGCUGCCCCAUAGAUAGAUGGUGGGCCAACCAAACUCCUCCUGAGGUGUCCUGGAAGGACCUAGAAGGUGCCCUGCCCAGCAGGUCUGCUGAAUUCUAAACAAUCCUGUUUAAAGUCCCAGCUCCUGGUUUGCCUUGGGGCUCAAAGUUUAACUAUAACUUUGGAACCCACCAUGACACUCUUUAAUCCUUCAAGUAUGAGCCUUACUUUAAGGGGGAAAAUGUGUUUAAUGCUUGCUUGAUGGGUCAGGUGUUUUACCUGGGUUAGCUCUGCGGAAUCAUUUCAUCCUCACAAUAAUGAAGCAGAUAGCAGUCUUCUGGGUUUGCAGGUAAGAAAACCAAAGCGCCGUCCCACCCAGCGACUUGCCUGAGAGGUCUCACAGCGAGGAAGAGAGCAGAGCAAGGAUUUGAACAGGUGUGCCUACACUAGAACUUACUGUCUUCCGUUACAUUUCAUCGCGCACAAGCAUUCCAUCCCUCCAUGUGCCUAAAGCACACAUAGUUGUACAAACGGUUGGAAAACUUUGUUAUUUUAAGGGUAAAUACUGGCACAGCAUUCCAGUCCCCAGGAAGAGCUUUGUUUAGAAGCUGAUUGCUCCAGAGAUAAGAAGGCUGGGGUGGAAUUAAGACACACAAUCCCACCCACCCUCCUAAUACUCCUCCCCCAGCUCAGCACUGAAGGCCAAUAGGCAAAGCUUCCAGCCCAGGCUUGCAGCCACCCCACCUCUCAGGCUGUAUGACUCAGAGGUGCAUCUCAAAUGCUCUGCCCUAUGCGUCCACAUGCCUCUCACACCAAGUGGGCAUGGCCCAGCCUCCCAAACAAGGCAACCUGUUCGCCAUGCCUUGUGGGGGCUGGAGCUCAGGAGGGCAUGUGGGUAAGUUGCAUACACGUGCCACCUCUCCCAGGGGCUUCUCAGCCGACUUUAUCUGGGUCACCUGCAGAACUUCUGCUGAAGUUGAAGUGAAGAACGAACGGUGGGUCAUUCGUGCCCAAAACAGGCUUCUGUCAAGGACCUAGAUAUUUGCUGCAGAUCUUGGAAUUUUUCCAUUGGAGGCUGUGGAGUGCUUUCUAUUUAGAAAAGAAUUUGCAGUAAUUGGGUUAUUCAAUGCCGGCUCAGUGGGAUGUCACAAGACAAGAAUUCUCACGCACCGGGUGCAGCUAAGAGGAAACCCUCCAGAUCUGCUGCAAAGCUGAUUUCUUAAGUUUGGGGAAAUUAUAGACUUCAAGUCCUUUCUUGUUGAAAUAGAUCAUGACUCAAGAACAUGUUAAACUGGGUCCUGGGGACUAAGCUACCUCCUCUGGGUUAGGCCAUGAGUCCAAGGAAAUGAAUCCGACCUUUACUUGUCCAGCUAUUAAAAUAGGGGUGACAGGAUCAUCUCUUCAGAGGCACCCAAGGAACAGUGAUUAAACACCCAAGAGGUGCCACAACCCCCUCUCCACACACACACACUGAGAAAUAUCUGUGCACACCCAGCUAUAUGCUCACAGUUGCUGUGUAACUGCACUAAUGGUCAGAGCAGAGCUCAGGCAGCAGCAGGGCCGGUUCUGGGGCCCAGCCACACCCUUGAGCAGGGGGCGUGGACCCUGGGAACCGCCUGGGCUGCAGAAAAUGGUGGAAAUCCAGCUGCCCAGGCAGGGCAGGGCUGAGGUAAGUGGGUGAGAACAAUAGGUUUAGGAAACCUGCUUGAUAUAGAGCUGGGCAUUCUCCCUACAUGGUUAGGCCUACAGCGUGGGUAGCAAGGCCGUAGGUGGGGUUGGGGGUGCUGGGUAGGCUGGGCACUGAGCUAAGCAUGCAGGAAGCAAGCAGUGUGGCGAGACCCAGCUCCCAGGCAAAAGCGCUGGUCAGAAAGUAGACCCUGCCUUGUGCAAGGGUUUAGGGAGAGGCUUUCUGGAGGUCUGAAGAAACAAAGCAGAACGCCAGUUGCAGGGAGACCGGACAGAGACAGAGCUGAUGAAACUGGGACACAGCGUGGGGGCCGUAACCACAGGGAUGAUAAAGUCGAGUGACUGGAACCAGGAUAGAAGCAGGAAUCAGGUCCACAGGAAGGGACAGUGAGGCUGAGUCUCUAGCCCAGGUUCUCCCUUAAAGGGCCUCAUCUUUGAGGUUUGGGGCUGGCUUGAGUGUGGAGGUGGGGACCAAGUGCACCCAGCUACAUACAGCAAUGGGAGCUAGAUAGAGAUGGGCAGCUGGGAGCCAGGCAGCAUGUUAUGUCAUGGAGGGGGUCGGUAUCAGAGAGAGCACCCUGGGGGAGUCUGGAAUGAACCACUGCUGCCCUCCGUGAGUGUGCCUGGCAGGAGGCUCUCUGAGAUGAAGGGUUGCCCCUCCCCCAAGCUAGGCUGGUAAGCAGCAGCCACCACCCAACCCAUCCAUGCUGCAGGCAGCAGUGGAGGGAUACAGGGCUCCCAGGAUUCAUGCCAUCAGCCGUGCUGCAGUUCAUGGCUCCUCCUCAUCCCUCUGCAUUUACUGAGCACCUACUUCUGCCAGGACAGUGCUGGGCUCUGCCAUGUAGCCCCAUGUGUGAUGUGAUGAGGGGCCCCACGUGACUCCAGGCUCAGACAGCAGGAACAACUGGCUCCUGUAGACAUCACGUUGCCCCAUGACCCAGAGGCUUCAACACUCCCAAGUCAGUUUCCCUCGGGCAGAUGGGGAAGGGUUUCUAAGGCCAAGGGCCUGGGUGUCAAUAAAAGUCAAAGGUGAAGCAGUGCCAGGUCGGCACAGGAACAGAUGGGUCAAGGAUGUGCUUUUUUGGUUACAAGCGCAAGUGCCAGCUUUAGCCCAAAUUACUUGUGCAUUAGCGUUUGCACAAAAGAAAAUAAAUCCACCACAGCAGACCA